UUCAUUCCAUCAUCGUGGCAGAUCUGAAUACCACUCUUUUUUUUUUAUCAUUUUGCUUUAAAACCAAACAAGAGCAAGGCCAGAUAGCGAACGUAACACACAGUUGCUCAGAAUGGAACGCAGAAUCAACAGAAGGGAGAAGGAGAGCGACGACAAAUGCAACAGUUCAGAAGACGGAGAGCAAAGCACAAACUGCAAGACGGCUCUGGUUACCCUUAAUGUUGGGGGAUAUCUGUACAUCACACAAAGGCAGACCUUAUCCAAGUUCCCGGACUCUUAUCUCGAAGGUGUGGUGAACAGGAGGAUUUUCUGCCCCAUUGAUGCGGAUGGACACUACUUCAUCGACAGGGAUGGGCUCCUCUUUAGGCAUGUUCUAAACUUUCUCCGGAAUGGAGAACUCUUACUACCAGAGGGCUUCCAAGAAAACCACCUUUUGGCGCAGGAAGCGGAUUUCUUCAAGCUCAAAGCACUGAGCGAAGCCGUAAAAGCAAGGUGGGAGAAGGAGAAGCAGGCGGCCAGAGAAACCACUUUUCUAGAAAUCACAGAUAACCAUGACCGGUCUCAGGGGCUGAGGAUCUUCUGCAAUGCCCCCGACUUUAUAUCCAAAAUGAAAGCGCGCAUUGUCCUGGUUUCUAAAAGCAGACUGGACGGCUUUCCUGAGGAGUUCUGCAUUUCUUCCAAUGUUAUCCAGUUUAAAUAUUUCAUCAAGUCAGAAAACGGGACCCGGCUUGUGCUGAAGGAAGACAAUACCUUUGUUUGCACCUUAGAAACUCUCAAGUUUGAAGCCAUCAUGAUGGCACUCAAGUGUGGCUUCAGACUCCUGACAAGCCUUGACUGCUCGAAAGGGUCGAUUGUGCAGAGCGAUGCACUUCAUUUUAUCAAGUAAUGACUCCCUACUCGCUAAACAAAGGGAGCCAAGCAUGCAGCAAGCCUCAUUACACAGCGGCAGUCUGGAAUAAGAAGACAUACCCUGCAAGCAAAGGAGACCUGCUGCCAACCCAUACCGGAGGCAAGGGUAUGUCCAUUUCUGUUAAAACAUGAUGCCCCCAUUUACACAGGCUGCAGCAAAUCCUCCGCUUUAUAGGCGCAGACUAGUGCUUCCACGAACAUGGCUACCAUCCAAUGAAAGGGUUAAGUCUCUGUUCUUCACCCAGCCGGCCCUGCCGAAACGCAGUGUGUACUCAUUUUAUUUCUUUGGCUGAGGUAAACAGAGCCGCUCUCUCUGUGGCCAUCAAGUCUACAAAGCACAAUGUCUUCGAUUCAACAUACAGGAUUUGGAGGAAGGCAACGUCUCCUUCCCAUGUACAGUCUAUAACAUCUAGACUUAAAGGGAUAUUUGCUUUUCACAUCCAAUUCUUUUCUAGGGACACAAAAAUCCAGACAGUGAACGCUGUGAUGCUUUACUAGUCAUU